UACGAACACACCUGACAUUCAAUCGUGCAGAUGUAUUCACGGGAAAUAUUUGCAACUCAAGUGCACUGUGUUAUUCAAUUGAGAUCAAGGAAAGUUUAAUAAGUAAUUAGAAUGAACUUAAAGAAUACUAGAUACUACCGGUUCUAACAUCGUUUGUGUUGCAUUCGCUUGCACGCGACUGCAAGUUUGACAGUACAUAUUAGGGGUGGGGGACACAGUGCGCAGCCAUAUUGGCUACUUGUGACUUUUGGGAGGAAGCAAGUAAAAAAUAACCCAACUUUUCUCGUUUCUAAGUAAAAAAAAUGUUACUUUUGAGGAUUUUUCAUUGAUUUCACACGUUCCACUUAUCAGCGCGAACAUAAUUGCGGUAAAACGUGUGAUCAUUUAUACAGGGUGAUCCUUUUUUACGAAAAAUGAGUUUCUUUGGGUUUGGUCAGUCAGCUGACAUAGAGAUUACUUUGGAUGGUGCAGAGACCAGGAAGACUGCAGACAUUAAAUCCGAAGAUGGAAAAAAAGAGCGCCACUUGUUAUAUUAUGAUGGUGAAACUGUCUCUGGGAAGAUUAAUAUUAGCCUUAGAAAGGCUGGUAAAUUGGAGCAUCAGGGUGUGAAGGUAGAAUUUAUUGGACAAAUUGAAUUAUAUUAUGAUAGAGGAAAUCAUCAUGAAUUCACAAGUUUGGUUAAAGAAUUAGCUAGGCCGGGAGAACUAACUCAUAAUACUGUAUACACUUUUGAAUUUGCAAAUGUAGAAAAACCAUUUGAAAGCUAUACAGGAUCUAAUGUACGGCUAAGAUAUUUUCUCAAAGUGACAAUUGUUCGAAGACUUAGUGAUAUUGUUAAAGAACUUGAAUUAGUCGUGCACACUCUUAGUUCCUAUCCAGAUAUGAAUAAUCCUAUUAAAAUGGAAGUUGGAAUUGAAGACUGUUUGCAUAUCGAAUUUGAGUAUAACAAAAGCAAAUAUCAUUUAAAAGAUGUUAUUGUUGGAAAGAUAUAUUUUCUUUUGGUUAGAAUAAAGAUCAAACACAUGGAAAUUGCCAUAAUAAAACGAGAAACUACAGGUCCACAUACCUUUACGGAAAACGAAACUAUAGCGAAAUACGAAAUAAUGGAUGGAGCACCGGUCCGUGGUGAAUCUAUUCCGAUAAGAGUAUUUCUGGCCGGUUAUGAUUUGGCACCCACAAUGCGCGACAUCAAUAAAAAAUUCAGUGUUAGAUACUACCUUAAUUUAGUUCUUAUGGACGAAGAAGAUCGCAGAUAUUUCAAGCAACAAGAAAUAACGUUAUGGAGAAAAGGUGAAAAAAGUAGAAAAUCUCAAACUGCUUCGCCACACAUGCCAUCGCAUUUAGUGUCGGCAGAAACAGGAUUUCCACAAGGAGCUGCUCAAAACGGUCCACCAUCCGCGCCACCGUCAAUACAAUCAGGUCAACUGCCGGCUGGUAAUAUUACCAACGCGGAGGAUGCACCAGCUCCGAUAGAAGGCAUGACGCGCGAAGAAGGAGAUGGUGAAGGUGAAAAAGAAGUUAGUCCUGAAAGUAACUGAAUUUUUGUAUAAUGAGGCAGUUACUGAAGUCAAUGGAAGUUUUUACUAGUUCAAAGAAUCCAGUAACAGCUUGAGGGAAAUCGAAGCGGAACUAGUAGUUUCGAAUGGAACUCUUAUAUUGUAAAGAGAUAUUGAAUUUUAGAAACAGCGAAGAAUUAAAAAACGCCUGCAAACAAAGUUGUAAAUAUUUUGGAUACCUAUAAAUAAUGCGGGUGAAUAAAUCGAAUAAGUAGCCAAUUACCGAUCAAAAUUUAAAAUUAUUGAGAUUUAUAGGUAAUGAUCGAAGGUGUCUGACGGGACAGAUCUAAAAUGAUUUAAAAAUGAAAAGAUGUUACAGAAAUUAACGGUACAGCCACAUAAAAUGAAUAUUUAUAAACGGACAGUUUAAUAAUCGAAUAUUAAUCAGUGGUAUAUUCUUGAAUGGCAUCUGAAUGUUACAGUGUUCUGAAUAUUUUAUACAAACUUAUUCUGUGUUAUGUGAAUGAUGCCUUCAACCACUAGAUUAUACUUAAAAUUUGAAAUCUUGUGUAUGACAAAAAUUUAUGUCAUGCUAGAGUUUUAUAAAUCUGAAAUGAAUAUACAUAUACUCACAAUGGCUGCCCUAUUUUAAUCAAUUCACUUAGUCUGCAACUAAUAUGAUAAAGGCACAUUAAAAAGAUGCUCGUACAUGUAAUACAUUGUUAUUGGAAUAAUUUACAAGAAUAUGUGGCUUCUUUUAAUACAAAAUUUUUAUUGAUAUUUGCAAAAUAAUACGUUAAGAUACAUGCACAUCUUCUAAAAACACAAUAUCAAUAGUUCUGUCCCAACUAUAGCUUAACUGUAUAUACAAAUUAUUGAAUUGUAUAUGCCAAUUAAUUUUUUAAUAGAAUUUUUAUGCAAGAUUCAUGGUAUAAAUCGUUCGAAGAAAUAUAUGCCUUAGUAUACCUGCUCAAUUUUAGCAUGCCUUUAUUAAUAUAAGAGUGGACUAUGAUAGAUUAAAAAUUGGGAUGGCCCAACAUGUAUUUAUAGAUAUAUACAUACAUAUUACAAUAUGUGUGUGGAUAUAUACAUGCAUAUAUAUGAUUUUUAAUGAUAGCAGUAGUUAAAAACUGGGCUAUAUAUAUAUACACACACAAAUUCAUACACAAAUAUCCACCAACUAUUGUAAUACUACUGAAAACAGCAAAUAACUAAUAAGAAAAAGAUUCUAUUAAGGUAGUACCAUGAUUGCUACCACAAUGGAACUCACCGCUAUGAAACAGAAUGCCUGUCGUUUUGUACAAUUCUAUGUUAACAUGGGUUGACUAAAAAUCUUGUUAACGAAAAGAUAAAUAAUAGUCAACCGCGUGUAUUUCGAGAAUUUUGUUUCGUAUAAAUUUAAAGUUUUCAUAUUUCACACCUUUGUUAUUUGUUGACAAAAAAAAAGAUAUAUGUGUAAAAGAGAGAAAGCAAAACUAUUUGUGAAUUAUUUGACAUGUCAAAUAUUGUAUAUACAUAUACAUAUUGUCAUACAAUACAAAACUAGUUGUACAUUUUAAUGCCCAUAUAAGUAUAUUAUAUUAUAUACAGUGUGCCUUUGGUGCACGUAUAUUGGAAAUGA